AUGGAUUACCUGGGAGACAAACUCAGUGUGGCUCAGACCCACAUGACCCAGUGGAUGGGCACCGUGAGGAGGUCCUUCCAGGAUGCCCUCAACUUAGUGACCACCACGGUGAGCCAUGAGCGGACGGGCGGGGAGCCCACCAGCCGGACCCCCUUCAAGCGCACCUCCUCCUUCCGCCACCUGGCCUCCCGGAGCCGGGAAUCUUUCCGCCGCUUCUCCGCUCGCAGCCAGCAGAGGUUUUCUUCCCUAAGGAAAAGGCACCCGGAUUCAGAGCCACCAGAUUUUCAAACCUCAGUCCUCGACUCAAGUGCCCUCAAGACCCGGGUACAGCUCAGCAAGAGAAGCCGCCGCCGGGCUCCCAUCUCCCACUCCCUCCGGCGCAGUCGAGUCAGCGAGUCAGAGAGCAGGUCUCCGCUGGAGGAGGAGGAUGACACCAUGUGGAUGUUCAAGGACUCAACAGAAGAGAAAUCCCCCAGGAGAGAAGAGUCCGACGAGGAGGAGAAGCGGUCCGAGAGGUCACCCAGCAGCCAUCCCCAGAGGAUGCCCGCGUUUCCGGGCAUUGACCCGGCCAUGCUCAAGGCGCAGCUGCACAAGAGGCCAGAGGCGGACAGUCCCAGCGAGGCCCCCGGCUGGGCCCCCCAGCCCAAGACCCCCAAGUCCCCCUUCCAGCUGGGCAGUCGUGUGCUGCCCACCAGCCUUGAGAAGGACGAGAGAUCAGAAGAGACCUCACCCCAGUGGCUAAAGGAUCUGAAGUCUAAGAAGAGGCAAAGCCUGUAUGAGAAUCAAGCUUGACCAGACGGGGACACCGCCACGUCUCAUGAACAGAAGCCUUAACUGUCAGACCCCCAAGACGAGGCCGCGCUGCCGCCGUUCCCUCCUGCACAGCGGUCACCUGCCUGGGCCCCGCCUUCCGGUCACGGCAGACGCUGUCCGGGCUCCACCCUCCGCAGGCUCUCAGGAUGGACCGGAUCGGACCGGAUCAGGCGGAAAGGCUCCCUCUUCACGCACCUGCACGCCUCCCAGACAGCACUCCAGGCUGGGAAAGAAGCCAGGCUGCCCACAAAUGUCCAUGUGGGCAGUUUUGUUGCGGUUUUUAAUGUAAAAGUGCAUUUCCGCCCACGUCAGCAGCAGCUGUGGGAGCACGGGUCGGUUCUGGAAAGCACCCGAACUGUGAGGCGCCUUCUCCCCUCCCAGGGCAGGUCUUCCCGAGAGGACUUUCCAGGAAAGGAGAAGCCGCUCGUUUCCUGCUGGUGUGUCCGGGCAGCCCCGCGGGGCGGGCGUCCUGAUUGCUUUUCGGCCGUUCCCCUCCCUCUCGGAAGCUCAGAAGUUCGGAUGUUAAGCGUCCCCUUCCUGUAUUUAUCCUUCCCAGGGGCAGUGCGCAUGGCUGGCCUCUUUUCUUGUGUGUCACAUUUGUUUGUUUUCGAAGGUGAUGAAGCAAUAAUGCAGCCAGUUUCCCUUGAACAUGGACGUGUAUAUAAGCUUUCACAUUGAGGAACGGGAGGAGAGAGGCGUGGCUGCUUUGCCGGGAGUAUCUGGUCAUCUCAGGUUACCUUGUCCCUCUCCGAGCUUUUUGUAGACAUUCUGAUUGUCACCUGUGUGUCUCCCUGGUUUCUUGCCCUUGUGAGCUCUGGUUUCUGUGGAGGGACCUGUCCCUUGGCCUCCGGGGUCAUAAGCUGCAGCCCCGUGGCGGUGCCUUUCCCACCCGUCAGACCCGCCUGGGGAUUUUCCCAGCGUUGAUCUGCAUCACUGCCUGCGCUUCAGGAAGAGCCGGUCCGCAGUGGCCUCGCUGAGCAGAUACAGGGAUGAGGGGCUCUUGUGUUUCUACUCACCUCUUCCUUCUACCAACCCUCCCCCUGCAUCCACCAUCUUUUUAGGUCCGGAUGAAGGGCGGGGUCUUGCGGAAAGCCCUUCUCAGCAGGGGAACUCCCCAGGCCAGGGAGGCGGACAGAGCGCUGGGUGCUGGGUGCUGGGUGAUGGAGCGGAGGUUUACCUGCCUCUUUUCUUGCUGUCUCUCCUCUGUCCCUCUCUUUGGGAAUCCUCCACACCAGCCUCCUCCACCUGCGAAGCCCAAGGCCCCAGCAAACAUCCCAGAAAUGCCUGCUGGCCACCUGCCAUGCCUGCAGUCGCCAUAAACUUUGUGCCAACCUUCCCUGGGAGACGCCCUUUGGAGAGAGAGAUGCUUGGGCAGUUCACAGGGUGGCCGGUGGUGGCCGAGGGGCCCUGGGGCUCAGUUUCCUCAUGGACACAUACACAGCAUUGGCUAGAUAUAGACACAUCCCCCCUCCAACUCCCUAAAAGGUGAAAAUCUUCAUAAAUCCCAUUAUUUGCAAAUGGUGUCAAAGCAUACCUCCCUUCCCAGCCACCUCUCAGGAGUCUGUGUGUCUGCCCAUCGAUCUUUUCGCAUCAUCUCCCUUUACCUCCGCUCUCCUCUUGGGGGUGGGGAGAAGGGGACAGCAGUUGUGUUGCUCUGGGGUAAGACAGCCUGUGCCCUGGGGAGCGGCUCGCUUCAGCACCGCAGACAGUGACCGGAGCGCCCUCCCUGAGUCCUGCGGGCUGAGCUUUGCUGCUUACCGAUGGGCACUGGUUGGACCCCGUCGCCCACCCAUCCUGUGGGUCUGGAAGCCUCGUGCACCUGCGUGUGGAGGUCUGGCCUUGCUUGAUCAUAGCUGUGUCCCCUUCGUUCCCUGAGUAGGUGGUUUGAUCCGUUCUCUCUGGCAGUUUGGGGAUGGAAUUCCUCCAGGAGCUGCUGGUAGACUUUUUUUGCUCGUGCUCUAUAACAGCGUUGAUGUGGUGGCUCUCCUGCUCAGGAGGCCCCCUGGGGCACUGCUAGUUCCUUCCUCGGCUGCUGCUUGCUUUGUCCUUCUGAAGGUGGGAAGGGCCCCUUGGGACCAUCUCAGGCGGUAGGAAGUGGCCCAUUCUGUCCAGUGAGUGUAGCGCACUCACCACGCACAACUCUCAGUUCUGUUUUAGCCCAAGUUUACCCUACAGGAAAGAAAAACACAUGAAAAGGAGAUCUUUUGCCUACCCCCCCCCCCAUGACUGGAACUAAAAGUUCAGUUGAUUCCAUGGUGAUUAAGACACACAAAGUCCAUCCCUUUCAACUGACUAGAGCAGACUGAACAUUCUCCCAACUUCUUCCAUUUCCUGCUGCCUCCUCUCUCCAUGCAGAGCAGACAAUCACAGUGGGUCAGGAGGGACCCUCCCAGUGCACCACCGUCCCCCCACCCCCGCCUCAGGAACCCCUUGGGGUCAGUGCAUCCAGGUCAGGGGGAUUGACGUCCGCGCCUGUGCAGACAGCUGGGCCACUGGGGUGUGUGCUUCUCCUCUUUCUAAACGGGGUGAGCUCUUUGGGGCAAAGCAAGGGUUUGUGUUCCAGUUUCCCGAGUGAGCCUGGGGUCACCCUUGGAAAUCUGUCUCCUUUACACUGAAUAUGCCUUAAUCAUCUGUAUGCAGUCAAGCCCUGCCCGCCUCUCUCCUUCCUCCCUUGAGCCGGUGGCUCUCCUUAGUGAGUCUUGCACAAAAAGCCAAUUGCUACGGAUGCACCAUCUCAGCCACCUCCCGCUCUCCCUCCCUCCUCCCUCUCCACACACACCCUUUGACCCUUUGCACAUCAGCAUCUUCACAGAUGACCUCUUGACAAGCCUGUAUGUUCCCCCCAGUGGAGCCCCUUCCUCGUGGUCUCUUGUCUAAGGAGGCAGAGGCCUCUGGCCUGUGAACCUCCCGGCACGGCCUCCGGCAUCAGUGCCGCGGAGGAUGACUUGGUGCCACCAGAGAAAUGCCGGGGCCGGGAGACCUCGCGGGGUUUGGGAUGCUGGGGAUGACGGCCUCAGGUGCCUAGGGUUGGGGGCCAGGACAAUCAGAUGGGGGUGUUUUCCAGGGGGACCAGCCACGCCCUGUGCUCUCGGACAGAUGUGUUUUCUUCUGUGCAUCCCGGGAAGUGAGGCCAGAUGUUGCGAAGGAGUGAGACUAGACGAGGCCCAGGCCUGAGAUCCUAAACCUUAGAGGCUGCGCAAGGGGUUUAGGAAAGCCCUUGGCGUGAUUUCUCAAAGGAGCUGCCCACCUGGUGCUGAGAGCUGCCUUGUCCAUUCCCGCUUUUCCAUUUCCCACCGGGCACCCCGGGUUGCCCCCGGCUCCGGGCAUAACUGCAAAGCUAAGUGUCCACGGGUGUGCGGGCGGGUCACCUGCAGAACGAAAUGCUUUCUUAAAGGUGGAAGACGGCAUCCACCCACAGAGAGGGCUGUCCCCCUCAGCCCCUGCGGCCCCUCCAGAAGCCCUGUCCCUUAACAGGAAGCUGGACGCUGGCCGCCUUUGUAUGAACUAGCAUUCGGGGUGGGCCUGUCGGAGGGAGAGGCGGGAGGAAAGCGCUCUGGGUGGGACCUCCCAGCCCGUCCGUGGAGCCGUGGCAGGUCGCUUCCCUGAUGGACAGCCUGUGCCGUUCCCCCGGGAGCACCGUCCGCGAGUCGGACAGGCACCUGCGGACCAUCUCUGGUGGCGUCGCGCCCGCGCAGAAAUACGACACUGUUGUCUACAGAACUUGAGUCUUUUUCACGAUCUCACUCCACAUGGCCUUAUAGAUCCUGUAAAUAGGGGGCUGACAAAAGUCAUAUAUUGUGUUACGGGCGACAUUUUGUACUGGGCUGUUUCCUAAAUCAAACCAAUAUUCUAGAAGUCCAGCACUUCCCGCCUGAUUUUGAUCCUCAGAUGCUUUGUAAGACGGGGGAGUGGAAAUACAUAGACGUAGACUGUAUGUUUUCCUAGCCUUUCUUCCGGGUCCCUGCGUCAGAGCGUGGAGUCCCGACAGAGCAGGACCCAGUCGGGCGUGUGGGAAAGCUAAGCUCCGGCCCGCUGGCAUCCUCGCAGUUGCCUUAGAAUCCCCCAGCCCCGGAGUUCUGCACGGGAGGAGGCGAGAGGCACUUUAUCCAACCCCAGAGGGAACCUCGAAUCGUGUGACUGACAAUUCACCUAGAAAAAAGCCUAUAUUUUUAACGUCGAAACCACGGGGCUCCCUGGACUCACCGAGUAUUGGACGUCGACAAGUGCUUUUAUAUUUUGUAACUGUACAGAGUUUCAUACGCACAUCGAGAGCAGUUGGGAAGCCGGCCAACUGCCCCCAGACGAGACGACCUUUGCAUGUACAGAGAUGUUGCAUUCAGACCAUGGAAACAAAUAAAGCUUUGGUGCAGGUUGCACUGGAGAA